AUGGUUUGUUGUUGGGCAGUUGGCUGUUCUCAUAACAGCAACAGAUACAAUUGUAAGUUCUUUAGAUUUCCUACAAAGUCGAACCAGAAACAAAAAUGGAUAAAGCUUCUAAGGAGAACAGAUUAUCCAAGUAUAACGUCUCGGGUCUGCAGUUGUCAUUUUCAAGAUGGUAUGAAAUCAAACUUUCCUACACUUUUAUCUCAUAGACAAAAACAGUUUCUUGAGCACCAUUUGUCUCCUGAGAAGAAAAAAAAAAAACAAAUUGUUAAGAAGCCAGUAAUUGUAAAUGACCCAGUAAAUGAAUUCACAUCUGAUGACAACCCACUGCCAGAGGUUGAAAUAUUUCAAGAAGGGCCAAUUGAUUUGUCUCUCCGCCCUCAAGAAAUUGAUAGUUUUAAACCAUCAAAUAUGGAGCUUGAAAACUAUUCUCUUAAAGAAAAAAACAAAAUAUUACAACUAAAAAUUAACAGCUUAAGUGUUGCAUUUGCAUAUGAAAACUUGUGUCAAAAAGAAGAACUUGUUAUGUUUUACACAGGAUUACCUUCUAAUGAAAUAUUUUUGGCCCUAUUUAAUUUACUAAAAAAUUGUGAAAUCCAUUAUUAUUUGAAUUGGAAAGUAAACAGCAUAAGUAAACCUGACCAAUUACUCAUAACAUUAAUGAAGCUGAGACAUAAUUUUCCUCAUGUAGACUUAUCUGUGAGGUUUGGAUGUAGUGUAGCUACUAUAAGUAAUAUUACAAUAACUUGGAUAAAUAUUUUACACAACAUACUUUUUAGUAAAUGUAUGAAUAAAAUACCAUCCAGACAUAAAAAUAAAACUUGCCUUCCUAAUGCAUUCAAAAAUUUUUCAAAUUGUCGUGUGGUCAUUGACUGUACUGAGGUUUUUACAAGUGUAUCACGUUUGUCCAUGAAUGCUCAAAGGGAUACUUAUAGUAGCUAUAAACACCGUAAUACUUGGAAAGUACUUGUUGGAAUUGCUCCAAAUGGAGUUGUUACUUUUGUGAGUGAUCUAUUUCCUGGGUCGACAUCAGACAAAGUGAUAACUCUAAGGAGUGGCAUACUUGAACAGCUAGUACCCGGUGAUCUAGUGAUGGCAGAUAAAGGAUUUUUAAUUCAAGAUAUCUUGCCUCCAGGUGUAUUAUUAAAUAUACCCCCAUUCUUAGAUACUCCACAAUUUACACAAGAACAAAUUAUUCAAACAGAAUCGAUUGCUAAAGCCCGUAUACACAUUGAAAGGGCAAUACAACGCAUAAAAUGCUAUGAUAUAUUAAACUUUAUUCCUUCCUCGUUAUUAAAACAAGCUAAUUCUAUAUUUCAAGUAAUCGCAGCUUUAACAAAUUUACAGCCACCUCUUUUACAGGAAAUUAAAGAUAAGAUGUAA